CCCAAUAAACCCUAACAAAGUCCGAAACACCCAUUUCAAUAUGCAUUGAACAUUCACAUCCCACUUCAGAGUUCCGCCUUGACCUUCAACAUGUCAAACGUUGUCGUUCUGGACAAUGGUGGCGGCCUUAUAAAAGCCGGUCAAGGCGGCGAGCGUGACCCCGCCGUCAUAAUCCCUAACUGUCUCUACCGUCCUUUAUCCUCCAAAAAAUUCCUUCAUCCAUCUCCCGUCACCGCCUCCACCACUGAAGAUCUCACCUCUGCCGCUGUCCGUCGUCCCGUUGAUCGCGGUUAUUUAAUCAACGCCGACCUCCAGCGCGACAUCUGGGCCCACCUCUUCUCCUCUCUCCUUCACGUUAGCCCUUCCACGUCAUCUCUCUUACUCACCGAACCGCUCUUUACUCUCCCUUCUAUUCAACGAGCCACCGAUGAGCUCGUCUUUGAGGACUUCAACUUUAAGUCGUUGUUCGUAGCGGACUCGCCGUCUUUGGUGCAUCUUUACGAGGCGAGUCGGAGGCCGUACGGACUAGUAUCGAAGACGCAAUGUAGCUUGGUGGUUGAUUGUGGAUUCAGUUUCACGCAUGCGUCGCCUGUGUUUCAGAAUUUCACGAUGAAUUACGCGGUGAAAAGGAUUGACUUGGGUGGAAAAGCGUUGACCAAUUACUUGAAGGAGCUGGUUUCGUAUCGCGCCAUCAAUGUUAUGGAUGAGACUUUCAUUAUUGAUGAUGUCAAGGAGAAGUUGUGUUUUGUUUCGCUUGAUGUCGCUCGUGAUCUUCAAAUUGCCAGGAAACGAGGGAGGGAUAAUCUCAUGAGGUGCACAUAUGUUCUUCCAGAUGGUGUCACACACACAAAGGGCUAUGUUAAAGAUCCAGAUGCAGCUCAGAGGUAUCUCAGUUUGAGUGAUGGAUCUCAACCUCAACCUUCUGAGACAAAACAGAUAGAAGAUGCUGAAGUGCCUAGGGACAGCAAGAGAGUCGACUUGAACAAAAAUGAGUUUGACUUGACAAACGAACGCUUCCUUGUUCCAGAGAUGAUCUUUCAACCUGCUGAUUUGGGAAUGAACCAGGCUGGACUCCCUGAGUGCAUUGUUCGAGCUGUUAAUUCUUGCCACCCUUAUCUGCAUUCUGUACUUUAUGAAAGCAUAAUAUUGACAGGUGGAAGCACUUUAUUUCCUCGUUUUGCUGAGAGACUAGAAAAGGAGCUACGGCCUCUUGUCCCUCAUGACUAUCAAGUGGAGAUAACUAGUCAAGAAGAUCCCAUAUUAGGUGUAUGGAGAGGGGGAUCCCUUUUGGCUUCCAGUCCUGAUUUUGAAGCAAUGUGUGUCACCAAGGCUGACUACGAGGAGCAUGGAUCUGCUCGAUGUCGCAGGAGAUUCUUUCAUUGAGUGCUCGGAUUUCUUAAGGAUGGCCCUUGUCUUAUCAGCUUUUGUUCCAACUAAAAGGAAGGUGGAAACAAGUUUUAGUGCCUUAAAAUUACAUGUAAAGGCAGGAACCUCUAAACUACUUGUCAUCCCCACUAAAUUACUUGUCAUCAUCAUCAUAGUAUGAUGAAGUAUUACCAGUUGGAAAUUCUUAUGUCUUUCCUGGGUGGAAGAGUCUGUCUAUGAUGGAGUUGUGCUUUAUUGCCCUAGCUAUGGAAGCUAGCUGACACGCCCAAAUUCCAAAUGACUUGGUAUAUUGUUUGAAGAAGCAGCUUUACAAGAAGAGAGGGCACAACUUGAGUUUGGGUUUUAGGGUACAAUGUGCCUGAUUUCGUCUUAAACCACUGCACCCUCACUUCUCUUCUGAAAUUUCAUAUUUAAGCAUAUGUAAUGUGAGAUUUUUCAAAUACUCUUCAGUUUUUAUGAUUGAUAAGAAAUCUGGGUUAGAUAGGUUGUACACUACGUGAGUUUAGAAGAAUUGGAGAUGGAGUAAAUGAUUUCACAUUGAGGGAGAAGUAUUGAAAUAUUGUUCUCAUAAUCGAUUUUUUAUUGCUCA